AUGUCAAACAGGGAAAGGAAGGCCACUGAGAGUGCUGGCAGGCACCCAAGGAUGGAUCCAAAUCUCUCCUCGGAUGACAGCCAGAACCCAGGUGCAGUCACUGCAGCCAACAGAGAAGACCUUGAUGCGGAUAGGGAGGACAUUAUUUCCUCAGGAACAGAGAGGCAACAGGCUAGGUCAGAGCCACUGAAAUUCUUGACUGAAAGAAAGGAGGCAAAUAACCUUUGCCUCGACAGGUCAUCUCUACCUAUUGAUGACAAAUGUCUUUCCAAGCCAACUAAGAAUGCUCUUCAGGAAAACAGAGAAAGAUUCUCAAGGAUCAUGACCUCAUCUUUCUAUGCCAUAGAGGUCAAAAUUAAGGAUGUUCUGAAAACCCAGUGUGAACAAAGCUGUCCCCUGGGGAUUCUGACUUCCAAAGUUGGGGAAGCAGAAAGGGGAAUACUGAGGGAUAUGGAGAUGCUGUCCAGCCCAGCUCAGAAUAUGUUUAUGGAACAACAGAAGUUUAUUCAUGAAACUCUCACUCUUCAGAAGAACAGAAUGGAGGAAUUUAAAUCACUGUGUGAAGAAUACUUGGAGGUGUGUUGA